CCGAGACAUGGUGCAUUCCAACUCAACCGUUAACAAUCUCGAGGUGGUCCGAGUUAGCCCACCACCACCUUCAAACUCGCUCACACUCCCACUCACUUUCUUUGACUUAGGUUGGCUCAAACUCCAUCCCGUUGACCGCCUUGUCUUUUACCGCGUCCCUGAGCUGACUCGCUCUGUCCUCGUCAAUAAACUCAAAUCCUCUCUCUCCGCCACGCUCCUCCACUAUCUCCCACUCGCCGGCCACCUCGUGUGGGACCCAAAUGAAACAAAACCGUCCGUAGUCUAUUCUCCUGACAACCAAGAUGCCGUCUACGUCACGGUAGCUGAAUCUAACGGUGAUCUCUCCCGUCUCGCCGGAGAUGAGCCUCGUCCCGCCAUCGAGUUUCAUCCUUUAGUCCCUGAGUUACCGGUUUCCGAAGAAUCCGCUCGCGUUCUCGCCGUUCAGAUAACGUUCUUCCCAGGCCAAGGGUUUUCUCUAGGCGUGACCGCACAUCAUGCCGUUUUGGACGGGAAAACGACAGCCAUGUUUCUCAAAGCAUGGGCUCACCACUGUAAACAAGAACAAGAUGCUCUACCACAAGAUCUAAUCCCUUCUUUAGAUCGUACGGUUGUCCGAGAUCCAACCGGAAUCGAGACAAAACUCUUGAACCGUUGGAUUUCGGCUUCCGGCAACAAACGAAGCUUAAAGCUGUUUCCGUCCAAAGAAAUCGGAGCCGACAUUUUCCGAGUCACGCACCGGUUGACUCGGGAGAACAUCCAGAAGCUACGCGAACGAGUCGAGACCGAGUCACGAGACGGAGCCGAAAAGCUUCGUUUGUCGACUUUCGUCAUCACUUACGCUUACGUCAUAACAUGUAUGGUGAAGGCGCGUGGAGGUGAACCGAACCGGCGCGUGUGUAUUGGUUUCGCAUCAGAUUUCCGGUCCCGGUUAAACCCUCCGUUGCCGUCGACGUUCUUCGGGAACUGCAUCGUCGGGUCGGGAGAUUUCGACGCGAAGGCAGAGCCAGUUUUGGAAGAAGGAGAAGGGAAAGGUUUUGUCUCGGCGGUGGAGAGUUUGAGCGGAUGGGUCAACGGAUUGUGUCCGGAGAACAUAGAGAAGAGUAUGCUUUCGCCGUUCGAGGCGUUCAAGAGGAUGGAACCGGGUAGACAGAUGAUUUCGGUUGCUGGGUCGACCCGGUUGGGAAUUUACGGGUCGGAUUUCGGGUGGGGAAAACCGGUGAAGGUUGAGAUAGUGACGAUCGACAAGGACGCGUCGGUUUCGUUGUCGGAGAGUGGAGACGGAACCGGCGGUAUUGAGAUUGGUGUUUGCUUGACGAAAGAUGACGUGGAACGUUUUGGUUCGUUAUUUUCCCGCGGGUUGAAAUAAAGAUGAAACAUU